AUGAAGUUGCUCGUAGAGUUAUCGGGUUCACAUCCCUCCAGAGAGGAAUCAGGUUCACAUCCUCCCUCCAGAGAGGACUCAGGUUCACACCCUCCCUCCAGAGAGGAAUCAGGUUCACAUUCCCCCAGAGAGGAAUCAGGUUCACAUUCUCCCUCCAUAGAAGGAUCAGGUUCGCAUUCCUGCAGAGAACGAUCAGGUUUGCAUUCCUCCAGAGAGGAGUCAGGUUCGCAUCCCUCCAGAGAGGAAACAGGUUCUUAUCCGUCUAGAGAGGAAUCAGGUUCCCAUUCCUCCAGAGAGGAAUCAGGUUCACAUCCCCCAGAGAUGAAUCAGGUUCACAUCCUCCCUCCAGAGAGGUAUCAGGUUCACAUUUCUCCAGAGAGCGGUCAGGUUCGCAUUCCUCUAGAGAGGAAUCAGGUUCGUAUGCCUCCAAAGAGGAGUCAGGUUCGCAUCCCUCCUAAGAGGAAACAGGUUCGUAUCCGUCUAGAGAGGGAUAAGGUUCGCAUCCCUCCAGAAGAGGGAUCAGGUUCGAAUCCCUCCAGAGACGGAUCUGGUACGCAUCCCCAAAGAGAGGAAUCAGGUUCGCAUUCCUCUAGAGAGGGAUCAGGUACGCAUCCUUCAAGAGAGGGAUCUGGUACGCAUCCCCAAAGAGAGAGGGAUCAGGUUCGCAUUCCUCUAGAGAGGGAUCAGGUUCGCAUCCCUCCAGAGAGGGAUCUGGUACGCAUUCCUCAAGAGAGGGAUCAGGUACGCAUUCCUUUAGAGAGGAAUCAGAUUCGCAUCCCUCAAGAGAGGGAUCAGGUUCGCAUCCCUCCAGAGAGGGAUCAUGUUCGCAUUCCUCAAGAGAGGGAUCAGGUACGCAUUCCUUUAGAGAGGAAUCAGGUUCGCAUUCCUCUAGAGAGGGAUCAGGUUCGCAUCCCUCAAGAGAGGAGUCAGCUUAACAUCUCUCCAGUGAGUAACCAAAUUCAAAUCCUUUCGCAGAUGAAUCAGGUUAUGUAUCCUUCACAGUGA